AUGGAUUUGAGGUGUGAGUGGCGGCUACUACGUCUCGAGGAGUUUGCGCGCAGAACCGGUCAACUGGCAGGCAUCCUCAUCGUGCAGGACAUGUUUGCCCCAGCAGGCUUGCUAAACGCCUGGCGGAAGCACGGCAACAAGUCAAAGGUCAUGAGACGAGUGACCGGCAUGAUGGAUGAGCACUAUCCAGGUGUCAUGGAGUCAGUGUUGCUGGUAAACGCUCCCUGGGCUCUUCAUGCCAUCUUGCGAAUACUUACGCCCCUGCUCCCGCAGAGGGUGGUCAAGAAGCUUCAGGUUGUUCCGAUGGCGCAGACUCCUGAGCGGCUACAGCAGCUGAUCGACGAGUCAAGCUUGCCGCAAUUCUUGGGAGGUAGCGGUGCGAAUGCCGACUUCGUGCCAUCACGCGCCACCCUCGAUGUCAGCGGAACAGGCUCUGAGCUCGUCAUCAAGGCUGGGCAGAAAGAAGAGCGCAGCCUUGAGCUCCGGGAGGGAGACGUUGCCGCCUUCGGCUUGUCCAUCGCCAACGGCUUGGACAUACUUUUCAGCUGCCACUUCGAAUCAGAGGAGGAGUCUUUGGAGGUGGUCCCUGCUCGACGGCUGCAAGAGGAAAGCUCAAGCUUUGCCGCGCCACGCAAUGGGAAGCUUGUCCUCUCCUUCGAUAACUCAUACAGCUGGGUGAAGGCCAAGGAUGUGCGUUUUGAGCUGUCCAAGCUCACUUCAGAGGAAGAGGCGACGCUGCCUGAAGAGGGCCUUGCGGAAGCAGAAACAGUGACGCCUUCUGACAUUGAGACGCCAAGCGCAGCAGACGAAAUGGAUGCCGCUGGCUGA